ACAGAUCUAUGGUUGAAACCGUGACGUCGUACAUCCGUGCCGUGCUUCUCUCCUCUCUCGUGUUGUUCGAUACGUGGUGUGCUGCGAUAUUUAUUAUUGGUGCGAGACAACGUGUACACACAAAAACAUACGAGUAGGGUUGAGUGAUGGAAUUUCCGAGGCAUUUCCUAGACGUCAGACUUAAGAACGGCGAACGAUAUUAAUUUUAUAAUUCGAGGUUCGCCGAGAGCUUUCCGAGGCUUUUCGCGAUUCGACGACGGCCUCGAGGGUUGAAUCUCUCGAUCGGAGUAACGUGGUGCGGCGCACCUUCUCCGAGGUCGCCCAUUAACCGCGUGUCUAGCGAUCCGCAAAAGCGAGACGACAUUGUAAAUGGGGAGGGACGGUCACGCCGCGGCGCCAAGGCGGCUCUUCUUCUUCGGGUAGCAUCGCGGGCGAAACGCUUCUCCGAGAGAAAGAGAGAGAGAGAGAGAGACGCUUCUCCAUUAUCGUAAUUUGCAAAUUUCCCCAGGACCGCGAUGAAAAACGACGAGAGGCGCCGUGGUUUCACCGUUGAAACGCUCGAUGAAGGGAAGGAAAAAAGAGAGGGAGGAGGAGGUCCAGAAGAGCGCUAGGGGUGGAAAGAAAGGAGAGGACGACGAAGUGCUCGGAGUGAAAAAAGGCGGAGGAGACAGAAAGAAGAGAGAGAGAGAGAAGAAACAUAGGAACCACAAAGACGGUGGCGGAUUGGCGGCCUCGGGCGCGGUUGCGGAUUCUCGGCGUGAUGCCGGUGAUUCGCGGCUUUGGUGCCCAGUAAUCCUCCUGGCCGUAUUUCCUCCUCCCGCGCAGCCUCUUCCUCCUCCUCGUCGUCUUUGAUGCGGCGCGGCCCCAGCAUGGCUCCGAAGAAGGCCGAGGAACCUGAGCGGAAACCGCUGAUCGGGCGCGUUGGCACUAACUUGAAAAUGGGCAUAGUCGGUAUACCGAAUGUAGGAAAAUCAACGUUCUUCAACGUUCUCACCAAGAGCCAGGCAGCGGCUGAGAAUUUUCCUUUCUGCACCAUCGAUCCUAAUGAAAGUCGUGUUCCGGUACCCGAUACGAGGUUCGAUUAUCUCAGCGAAUAUUUCAAGCCGGCUAGUAAAGUUCCGGCCUUCUUGCACGUGAUGGACAUUGCUGGAUUAGUGAAGGGUGCCGCCGAAGGACAAGGCUUAGGAAAUAGCUUUCUUUCGCACAUUGGAGCUUGCGAUGGCAUAUUUCAUCUUUGUCGUGCCUUUGAGGAUGACGAUGUCACACACGUGGAGGGUGAUGUUAAUCCUGUGAGAGAUCUCGAUAUUAUUAGCGAGGAGUUACGAUUAAAAGACGUCGAAUUCUUGAAUGUGCAUCUCGAAAAGCUCGGAAAGCUUGUAGUUCGUGGUAAUGACAAGAAGCUGAAACCUGAAUAUGAAACGCUUCUGAAGGUGAAGGGCGUCCUAGCAGACGAGAUGAAACACAUCAGGUUCGCCGAUUGGAGUGCUAAUGAUAUCGAGGUACUGAACAAAUAUUUGUUUCUUACGUCAAAACCAAUUCUAUAUUUGGUGAAUCUAUCGGAAAAAGAUUACAUACGCAAAAAGAACAAAUGGUUAAUCAAGAUAAAAGAAUGGGUUGACAAAAAUGAUCCGGGCGCGGUAUUAAUCCCUUUCAGCGGCAGCUUCGAAAAUAAGAUUUUAGACAUGGAUGACGCGGAACGCGCAAAAUACUUCGAGGAACAGAAAGUCACCAGUGCACUUGACAAAAUUAUUGUACAAGGAUACAAGGCGUUACAAUUACAAUAUUUCUUCACGGCUGGCCAUGAUGAAGUUAAGGCAUGGACAAUUCAAAAAGGCACAAGAGCACCUCAAGCUGCUGGAAAAAUACAUACAGACUUCGAGAAAGGAUUUAUUAUGGCGGAAGUGAUGAAAUUUGACGAUUUCAAAAACGAAGGAUCGGAAGCUGCAGUGAAGGCUGCCGGAAAAUACAGACAACAAGGACGUAGUUACGUAGUCGAAGACGGCGAUAUUAUUUUCUUUAAAUUCAACGCAGGUGCCGGAUUAAAAGAUGCGAAAAAGAAGUGAUGGCACGCGUUUCUCAUGUUGUUGCUCGUCCAUCUGUACAUCAACAUGAUUCUGUUAUCUUGGUGCACGCAACAUCCUCGUGUCAAUUAAGUCAACUCGUUCUCCCUGACUUUUUCAUUCAUGUAUACAUAUUAAUGCGAUGAUAAUGAUUAAUUAUUUUUAUAUUCUAUACAAAAUCAUAUACAGAAUUAACGGGUGCGUGCUCACAAAUGAUGUAAGUUGGAAUAAUAUUCAGUGUUUUUCUUGUUCAAAAUUAUGCACGUAAAACAAUAUUCACGAAUAUUGUGACCCUUUUGCAACAAACGAUGAAGAAGAAAGAAAAAAAAUUGCAUUUUCACGUUCAUUACUAUGUACAUAAUUAGCAGACUUGCUAAGUUGCAUUCUGCACUUCUUAUCUUUGAUGUGAAAAUGCGCGAAUGUGAGAGAAAAAAGGAAUGAAAAAGAACGGGAACGACAUGUACGUAAAACAUUUCUUUGUAAUCUUCUGUAUUUAUUCGAUAUAUUAAACUUAGAUUGACAUAAAACAUAAAAAUAUUAUAAUUUAUCUUAUAAGUUUACCAAUUGGUAAAUUCGUAAGUUAAAUUAUUAUUUUUCUUUUGAAUAAGACAAGUUUUGAACACAUUUUUGUGAACAUAAUUAUA